AUGCAAACACCGGAAGAACGAGCCCCACUACUAAACCCAAACGAUCAACCAGACAACGAUUAUGGAGGCGUCCUUGGUAACGGUGGCUUAGGACCUACAGGUGGUGGUGUUGGUAGUGGUCACCUUGGUCCAGGAGGUAGAACAGGAAGUGGCUCGGGAGGUCCAAGACCACGUAGACGUCCUGAGCCAAACUAUGCGCGAAAGUUUUCGCGUUUAGAGAUUAUAUUAGCGCUCAUUUGUGUCUUAUUUCUGAUAUUGACGAGCAUUUUUGCGGGAUUGUAUGCUCGUGGGAAGUCUAAUAAGCAUCAGGAACCUUGUCUGGAGCCGCACUGCGUGCUAGCAUCUGCUGCGAUAAUUUCAGACAUGAAUACGAAAAUUGAUCCGUGUCAGGAUUUUUUUCAGUAUUCUUGUGGUGGAUGGCUCGAUAAAAAUGUAAUCGCUGAUGAUAAAGGUCGAUACAGUUAUUUUGAUAGCUUACUUGAAGACAAUCAGAAAAUCCUAAAAAGUAUACUAGAAAGUGAGCACAGUCCAACAAACGACGACAGCACAGAACCAAAACUUCCAAACCCUUCCGAAAUGCAAGACAAAAUAAACUUUUACAAGCUCAAAUCACUUUACCAAUCAUGCAUGAACCUAACACAGAUUUCAAAAGUAGGCGUCAAACCAUUGGCGUCAAUUCUGGAAGAAAUUACAAGGUUGUUCCCAGUUGAGCCAGAGGAAUCGUUAAUUUACUUGUUGGAACGAAAACUAAAAAAACAACCGAAAAUGCCAAAAACACCUGCUUAUAUAACAAAUUUAACUGGUACACUUGCUUAUUUGUCGCAGAUUGGAGUUACCGCGUUGUUCGAGUUCUCUAUUGAAGCGGAUGCUAAAAAACCGGAUAUCAACGCGUUGUAUUUGUCACAGUCGGGUCUUGGGUUACCUUCGAAAGAAUAUUAUGAGGAAGAGAAUAUUUUGGGAGUGUAUAGAAGUGUGGUGGCAGAGUUGCUAGAGAAAGCUAUUGUUAUUAAUGAUCAUGAAGAGAAUGAAACAAAACCUGUUUUUGAAUCAGACAUUCUUGGAUCGAUGUUUGAUGCUGGAAUGGAGGAAUAUCGACGAGAUCAAUGGGAACAUGUCGCUGAUAAAAUUGUUGACUUUGAAAAAAAAUUGGCGAAAUUUUCUCUUUCUGCUGAAGAAUUUUCUGAUCCCGAGGCAGUAUACAAUCCACACACGAUUCCUUCGUUAGACCAAUUAUGUAAAAUUAUUUAUUGGCCUCGACUUUUUGAAGGAUUAUUACCUCCCGCCGCCGAUUUCCCAACCAAAAUCAUUCUAACCUCAAACGAAUACUUCGAGAAAUUAUCACAAUUGAUAGAGGAAACUCCUCCAGCCACUCUACAAAUAUACUUUUUGUGGCAGACAAUUUACGAAUAUGCAGAUCAUUUAGAUGAGGAAUUUCAGACAGCAUUACGUCGCUUGUCUGCUACGAUUAAGGGUGUAGAUGAGACGGUUAAACCGAAACGAUGGGAGACCUGUUUGAAGGUUGUGGAUGAUGUGAUGGGAUAUAUGGCUGGUAGAUUCUUUGUAUUAAAAACUUUUAAAGGUGAUAGUAAAGAUCUUUCUCGUCGAAUAAUUGAAUCGAUAAAAAAAACAUUCAUAGAAAGAAUGCCUCGUCUCGAUUGGUUGGAUGAAGUGACUCGAGAAAAAGCUAUACACAAGGUCGAUCAAAUCGCAGUAAAAGUCGGGUAUCCGGACUCCACACCAGACACGAUGGAUCCAAAAUCUCUUGCCGAAUACUACGAAGAACUAGAAAUUAGCAAGACAGAGUACUUUGAAAAUAUCGUUAGCGGAAACAAGUGGAAAACGGACCAUGACUGGUCCAAAGUUGGAAAACCAGUUGAAAAAGGAAAUUGGUUUAUGACCCCACCGACUGUUAAUGCAUAUUAUAAUCCGACUGCGAACGAGAUUGUGUUUCCUGCAGGAAUCCUACAACCUCCAUUUUUCUUUGCUACAAAUCCAGAGUAUGUAAAUUACGGCGCGAUAGGUAUGGUUAUCGGACAUGAACUUACGCAUGCAUUUGAUAAUAGUGGUCGACAGUAUGAUGAAAAAGGUCGAUUGACCCAGUGGUGGUCAAAUGAAACAAUAGAAGCAUUCAACAACCAAACCCAAUGUUUCGUCAAGCAAUACACAAAUUAUACAAUCGACGAUCCAAAAGAUGUGCCUGUAAACUUGAACGGGAAAUUGACGCUUGGCGAGAAUUUGGCUGAUAACGGAGGAUUACGUGCAGCCUAUUUCACCUGGUUAGCAGAUUACAAUGCCGACCCCGACCAAAAAAUACACAAAAAUUAUUUACUUCCUGGACUCGAGAAUCUCACGCGCGAACAAUUAUUCUAUAUAUCUUUUGCGCGUGUUUGGUGUUCAAAGGUUCGACCUGAGACUGCUGUUGAAAGGGUACGUACAGAUCCUCAUUCGCCUCCAAAAUGGCGCGUCAUUGGUGCCCUGAAAAAUUCUAACCAUUUCUCGGAAACAUUCAAGUGUAAAAAAGGUUCAUUUAUGAAUCCCGAUGAUAAAUGUAAAUUAUGGUGA